UUGAGAUAAAAUGAACGUGGGGGAUCAACAACUACCGACAUAAUGUAUAAAAUUGUUAUCAAUCUUUGUUUUCUCACUACUUUGUUGAAUGUAACACUGCUGAAAAUGACUAAGUUCUCGUUGUUGUUUGUUUUUGCAAGUUUUUGUCUAUUUACUGGAGGUACAUCAUCACUGCCUACAAAUGAUAAGCCUGGACCACUAUGGAUUAUUCAAAUGGGAAAUAGAGACAACCUACCAAAUUCACCUAGAGGAAUGAUGAUUUCACACAACAGUGUUGACUCUACAAAUCCAUACCAAUUAAUGAAUGAUAAGAUGAUAGAUUACGUCAAUAGUCAAACUAGGAAGAAUUCGCUUCUACCGUUGGAGGAACUCAAUGGAAAUUACUAUUAUUUUGUGAAAUAUUUCAAGACUAACUUCUUCAAAGCAAUGCAGUUCUGCAAAGAAAACGGUAUGGAUCUUCUAAGCCUAGAGACUGGUGAAGAAUAUAUGGCAAUUGUAUCUUACUUGAAGAAACAUUAUCCGAAAGCAGAACAUAUAUGGACUUCAGGAACAGAUGCAGGAGAAGAGGGUUCGUUUGUUUGGUUGUCUACUGGCAGAAGCGUGAAUUUCACCUCUUGGGGAGCUGGUCUUCCUGAUAAUUCAGCGAAAAUCGAACAUUGCUUAGAGAUCGCUAGGACAGGUGUUGAAAAUUACUAUUGGAAUGAUAGGGCGUGCAAUUCGGAAUAUAAUUUCAUUUGUGAAUUGAGAGAAUAAUAAUAAUAGCUCAAUACAAUCUUAGAGUAGAUAGUCCAUUUUUUGACCUCCACGCCCCAUUUCAUGGUGUAAAGAGGAGAAGUGUUUUAGUUUGCUAUGAUUUGCACUAAAAUGUUCAUGUAUCUAUCAGAAAAAUAAAAACUUAUGGUUA